UGCAUUGCGACUAUUAAAUCAAUCGCCAAUUCCUUCAAAAAAAUUGAAUGAUUAUCAAUUUUUGAGUAAUAAAAUAAAUCAGACGUCUGACAGCUUGAAAAAAAUUUUGCUCUCAACUGCUGACGAAGGAUCAAUUGAUGACGAUGGUGAAAAUUUUCGUUCAUUAAUUGAAAAGCUGCACGAUAAAUUCAAUGAUAAAGAAACAGAAAAGUCUUUAAAGAUACAAAUCUUAACCUUGUUACCUGAAAAAUGGGGUGAAAGACGUAUUUGUAAAACUAUGAAUACAUCAAGACAUUUAUCAAGAGUAGCAAAAAAGUUGGUUGAAGAAAAAGGUAUACUUUCAACACCUGAAACAAAAUUAGGGACGACAAUUACUGAUCAAAUAUUAUUGAAAAUUGCGAAUUUUUACAACGAUGAUGAGUAUAGUGCUUUGAUGCCCGGCAUGAAAGACUUUGUUUCAGUUCGAAAUGAUGAUGGUAAUCGGGUACACGUCCAAAAACGGCUUGUUCUGUCUAAUUUAAAGAACUUUACCAAUGUUUCCGUGAAAUAAACCCUGCAGAGAAAGUUGGAUUUUCGAAAUUUGCUUCGUUACGGCCGAAACAUUGUGUGUUAGCAGGAGCAAGUGGAACGCAUACUAUCUGUGUAUGUACUAUCCAUCAAAACUUAAAGUUGAUGAUGCUUGGUACAAAUGUUCAUUCUUUAACGAGGAAUACAGAAAAGUCGUUGAAACACUAUAAUGAUUGCUUGGACAUGAUAAUAUGUGAGACUCCAACAGAAAAAUGUUAUUUGGGUGGAUGUAACAAGUGUCCAGGGGUAGAUGAGUUGAGUAACAUUUUACUGACAUGUUUUGAGAAUCAGAAAAUCGAGAAUGUCACGUACAAGCGUUGGGUAUCAAAACCAAGGAGCAGUUUAGAAACUUUUAUACAGCCUACAGAAGAAUUUAUUGAAAAUCUUUGUAGUGAAUUGAAAGUUCUUCUACCUCACUCAUUCAUUGCAAAAGAACAAGCUAAGUUUUUAAAAACAUUAAAGGAAACACUAAAACCAAAUGAAUAUGUCAUUAUUUGUGAUUUUGCAGAGAAUUAUGCGUUCGUAGUACAAAAUGCAGCAUCUGGUUUUCACUGGAAUAAUGAUCAGGCGACAGUUUUUCCGUUUAAAAACUUUAAAAAUUUUGUUAAUUUGUACUACCAUGAAGAUGAUUUUGAUAUUCCUGCUGAAUGGCAUUUUUUUGCAACUGCCCAUGGCAAAGGUCCGUGUGAUGGAAUUGGUGGUAUCCUCAAACGACUUGCAGCAAGAGCAAGUCUCCAGCUUGCGGUAGAUAAACAAAUAACAACACCUAUAGGACUUUACGAAUGGACUUCUGAUCCGGAUAACUUGCCAAAUAUCAUAGUCAAGUUUUCUCCAGAAGAAGACUAUAAUACAGCAUUGAACGACUUGAAUGACAGAUUUACGAAAACGAAACCAAUUGUAGUAACUCAACAACUACAUUGUGUAAUCCCCGACAAAAAUGGUUGUUUGUAUGUAAAAAAAUUCUCAAACUCUAAUGAACAUAGAAUUUGUAAAAUAUUGUAACGCCAGAGAGAACAUUAAUGAUUAAAUUAUUAUAUUGUUUUUGUAAAAUCAUUAAAAAUUAACAAUAUUAAUUAAUAAGCUUAGUAUUUACUAUCGUUUUAUAAGCUUAUAAAUUAAGGAUAUUA